CUCGGCGCCUGCCGUAGACAUCGGGACUCCGGCGGCCUGUUGUCUUGGAGCCGGCGAGUAGCGUCUGGGCCUCCACCACUGUGGAGAGCGUCGACCGCGAGCUUUGGUCACCAUGUCGGUGCUGGACGCUCUUUGGGAAGACCGGGAUGUCCGCUUCGACGUGUCCUCGCAACAAAUGAAAACAAGACCUGGAGAAGUCCUUAUUGAUUGUUUAGAUUCAAUUGAAGACACCAAAGGAAAUAAUGGGGAUAGAGGUAGACUGUUAGUGACAAAUCUAAGAAUUAUCUGGCAUUCUCUGGCACUACCAAGAGUCAAUCUUUCUAUCGGUUACAACUGCAUAUUGAAUAUUACAACAAGGACUGCUAACUCUAAAUUACGAGGCCAAACUGAAGCUCUUUAUAUACUUACAAAAUGUAACAGUACUCGUUUUGAAUUUAUAUUUACAAAUUUGGUUCCUGGAAGUCCUAGACUUUUUACUUCUGUGAUCGCAGUACACAGAGCAUAUGAAACUUCUAAAAUGUAUCGUGAUUUUAAAUUGAGAAGUGCACUAAUUCAAAACAAACAACUAAGAUUAUUACCCCAGGAGCAUGUAUAUGAUAAAAUCAAUGGAGUAUGGAAUUUAUCCAGUGAUCAGGGAAAUUUAGGAACUUUUUUUAUUACCAAUGUGAGAAUUGUGUGGCAUGCAAAUAUGAAUGACAGUUUUAAUGUCAGUAUACCAUACCUGCAAAUUCGUUCAAUAAAGAUUAGGGAUUCAAAAUUUGGUUUAGCUCUUGUCAUAGAAAGCUCUCAGCAGAGUGGAGGAUAUGUUCUUGGCUUUAAAAUAGAUCCUGUGGAAAAACUACAAGAAUCAGUUAAGGAAAUCAAUUCAAUUCACAAAGUCUAUUCUGCCAGUCCUAUAUUUGGAGUUGAUUAUGAGAUGGAAGAAAAGCCACAGCCCCUUGAAGCACUGACGGUCGAACAAACUCAAGAUGAUGUAGAAAUAGACUCUGAUGAUCACACAGACGCUUUUGUGGCUUAUUUUGCUGAUGGCAAUAAGCAACAAGACCGUGAACCUGUAUUUUCAGAAGAACUGGGGCUUGCAAUAGAGAAACUGAAAGAUGGAUUCACCCUACAGGGACUUUGGGAAGUAAUGAGUUGAUCUUGAGUUGAGCGGGAUUUCUAUUUAAAGAUAGCUCAAGAUUAAAGAUACUAGCCACCUGCUAUAAACCAUGGAAUAGUUUUUCUAUUUGCAGUUUUUAUAUUUAAAGCUUUUAAGAGUUUUUUAAUGAUUAAGGAAAAACUAACUUAGAAAACUGCCAGUUUUCCAAAAAUUAUAUUUAAAAUUGUAAUCAAAAUGUACCUAACUUGUAAAUGUUUAUUUUAUACUUAAUAUUUGUAAAGUAUUAGUUUUCAGAUAUUAAAUGACUGUAUCAUGUUGGGUUUAAUAAAGAAUUUGUGCAGCACCAUUUAAUGUUUUGAAAGUGUUAUUUAAAAGAAUAAAGCUAUUCUUGUAGAA